AUGCCGCCGCCGCCGCCGGUGCCGCCGGAGAAGCAGAAGCGGAAGCUCGCCCGCCUCUGCGAUCUCGUCUCCUCCUCCCUGCUUGUCCACCUCGAACCCGCGCCGUCGCCGCCGCGGCAGCUGACGCGGGAAGACGAGCGGCAGCUCCUCCUCGCGCUCUCCACGGUGAACAAGACGAUACGACGAUGGGACCAGGAGGAGGCAGCUUGUGAAUUGGUUCAGGAAACUCUUUCUGAUUCCGGAGAAGUUCAUAGUUGCUGCUUACUACUUAAAGAGCAUCCAUAUGAUGGAUUUGGUUGCAUGGCGAAUAUGGUCUCUGUAUUGGUUGGUUUCCUUGAUUUCUGCAGUGAUUAUGUCAAACACUCAGCUGGCAAUAUCCUAAUUUCCAUAUCUAGUACCCUAAUUAAGUUUGAAUACAUUUGGAUUCAGUUCAUUGAGCUUGUCUGGGUGGCUAUACAUGCAGCAUCGAAAUGUGUUCAUAACACUUCACAUUUUACAACUGACUCCAACAGUAAUGACAUCACUAGUUCAAGCUCAAGAAUCACAAGCUUCAUGACAGUACUUAAUGAGCGUUGUCUCAAUAUCAGUGGGCAAACCAUGUCCAGUCUCUUUCGAGUAUUACAUGCUAUCUUGAAGUUCCUUAAACACAGUGACAGUGAUUUGACAGAUGACUUCAUUUGUCUAUCCAUUCAUCAUAUUCAUAAGAUGCCUUGGGAUUCUUUCCAUCAAUUACAUGCCGGAGGACUUGCCAACUGUGCUAAGGAUAACAGAUUUAGCUUCUGUAAUGAUUUAGCACAGUCUGGAAUUCUGACUGGCAGUCUUCUCCAGCUACUUAGCUCUGCUCUUGACCACAGUUACCUGGAAGGUACAGAUGGACAAGAUAUGUUUGUGAAACUUGUUGAUAUAGUUCCCAAGAUAGCAUUUUCCUUACAUGGGCAGUAUGAUGGACCCAAAAGUCUUUAUCAGUACUUAAAGCAUAAAAUUCUGAUGGUAAUGAUGCGGCUUAAGCCUUACAUACAGCAAGAUUGUUCACAUAUUGUUAGUUGGCUGAAAUUGCUUCGGCAUUACUUUGAAGACCUUCUUCAUGAGCCUAUCUCACAACAUAUUGCUAAACCAGGAAAUUGUUUAGAAGGUUCUCCGUUUUUAUUGGACAUGGUAGAUUUAGUUGAGAGUCAGGAUAAGUCAACUCGGCACUUGCAAAGGCAAGCUAUCUAUUUGUUCCUUAGUUGUUCCAUAUGCUUGUCUUACAGCAGAAAUGAUGGUGCACUUCAAUGUUCAUGCAAGAGGGAUGAGUGUUUGUUGGGUCACAAAGUACAAGGCUGUAGUAAUCACUGCAACUGUUUUGGCUUAUCAGAAAUUUCAGACUGGUUUCAGAAGUGUUACCUAAACUGGAGUCUUGACUCAAAUUCAUCAAGUUUUGCCUUAUCCUUUCUGGAAUUGUAUAUGGAGGAGGAUGACAUGCUAUUCAACAUUCUCUUACAACUUUUAGAUGCACCACUCAUUUUUCUAAAAAUAGCUAACUUGGAAACUACUGAACUUGUUGGUGUAAAACUGUUCUCAAGCAUUUUCGACCCAGUUCACCUUUUUCAUCUGCUGCUUUUUCUGCUGCACUAUGAUCACAUGGUACUUGUUGAUUACCUCAUAUCUAAGGAUGUUGGUGUGCAUUGUGCUCAGUAUCUAUUAAGGUGCUUACGCUUAGUUUCCCAGUCUUGGCAUGCUUUUGUUGAUGAUUCUAUUUACUCAACAAAAAUAGAUAAGCUUGACUGUAAAAGGCAGAGGACUUCUGGGGAUAAAGAUAGUGACAGAGCCAGUACAAGUAAACAGUAUAAGAAUGGUUCUGGUUGUGAUAAAGAGGCCAAGAAUUCACAGAAGCUUUUUCUUGAUGCUAAAGAAUGCCUUUAUUCAUUGAAGAGAACAGUGGAAGAUCUGCAAAAGAAGGAUUUGUUCCCUUACAAUCCGAAGCCUCUUCUUAGAAGUGAAAUCCUUUUCUUGUUCCUGCAUUUGCCUCUUCAAUUUCUUUUGGUAUAUCAUCAGCUCAAUGACAUUGUCAAUCUAAUGAUUGAAUUUGAUAUUUUGGCAUAUCAACUCAAUGGCAUUGUCAACCUAUUGAUUGAAUUGGAACUUUGGCACAUCAACUCAAUGCUUGGCCCGGUUUCAGGAGCUGUGUGA